UCGAACAAUUUGUUCGCGCAAUUUUUGUUAUUGUCCUAUUGCUAUCAGCUGUAGUGAAUUUACCUCGAUUUUUUUUUUUAGUAAUUAAUACAUAUAAAAGUUAUGAAUACCGGUCUCAAAAUUUUUAAAUGCUUAAGAUAUGAAAUAUCCAAGCAACUCGUGCGAAACACUUGCAAAAUAGCUGUAGAGGUGGAUCCGAACCUGAUUGAAAGGUUGGAAAGCUGUGACGUUAAGCCAAGAAACCAUCCCGGUAUUUCGAAGCUAGGAAGAAUUGAGCUGCCCUCAAGUUUGCGUCAUGCUUUGGAAAAGGCCAUUGGAGAUCAUCCAGUUAAAUCUAUGUUUAAGGAUUGUAAACAGCUUGACCAAUAUAUUAAUUCCCGGCAUCCACCUAUUGAACAAGAAGAGAUCAAUACGAAAAUGAGGUCCAUUAUGGAAGAAGUUGAUCGUCGUAUGCCCCCGGAACAAUUAUCUUUGCUGGGAGAGGAAAAGGGUGUUAAAUGGAGAAAAAAGCGUGAGAAUUUGAUAAAACGAUUAAUCGCCCAACGCAAUUAUGCUUGGAAGCCGAUAGAGUAUGGUUCAUACGAGGCGUUGGUUUACGCUAUUGGACGCGGGGCAAAGGAGUAUGCUGUAUUAAUAAGUAUUUUGAAUGAAAUACGGGUACGAGAUGGUGCAUUUCAUCCAAGAAGUUUCUUCGAUUUUGGUUCGGGUGUUGGCACUGGCAUGUGGGCUGCUAGUAAUUUUUGGAAAGAUUCUAUAUUUGAAUACUACAAUGUAGACAGUUCCAGAAGUAUGAAUGAUUUGUCCGAAUUAAUAUUACGCGAAGGCAACGAAAAUCAACAAAUGUCAUUGCGUAAUGUUUUUUACAGGCAAUUUUUACCUGCAAUGGAGACUGCCUAUGAUUUAGUUGUAUUAUCCUAUACCCUUUUUGAGUUACCAAGUACAGAGAGUCGAAAAGGCGUUUUACUCAACUUAUGGAAAAAAUGCAAUGGUUAUUUUGUUAUUGUUGACGAAGGAACUCGCCGCGGAAGUGAAUUAGUGAAUGAAGCACGGGAUUUUAUAUUGAACAUACAGAGUGAGGAACUUAAAGGUUCUGUGUUUUCGCCGUGCCCACACAACCUAACCUGCCCGCGUCUAGCUAAUGCUAUCGAUCGAACGCCGUGUAACUUUGAACUUGGUUAUGUACCUCUACACUUGGGUGGUGUAAAAGAUGAUCGUCAGACUACCCGUUACAGUUAUGUUGUGUUAAAGAAAGGAGAGAUUUCAGAUGCAACACGUAAUUGGCCGAGGUUAGUUCGGCCAACAUUGCAGCGUUCCAAACACAUAGUUUGUAGAAUGUGCACGGAGGACGCUAAACUGCAGGAAGUCAUUUUCACACAAUCCAAACAUGGGAGAAACGCUUAUCGGUGCGCAAAAGCGAGUGAUUGGGGUGACAGAUUGCCAAUUAAACUGGGUGCCGAGCUGCCAACAAUAAGAAAAACAUUUAGAAAAAAUAUAGUCAAAAGUGAAAAGGAAGAUUUGUAACUAUCUAUAUGUGUCACUAACAAAUAAAAAAAGUUAAAAGGA